GGUGCAUUAGCGCAGGCUGGUGGCCUGGGACCGUGUUGUUGUUUGCCAGGCUGUCAGAUCGAUUGUACUGGGCCCGUUUGUGGUCAUUCGAGGGCUGGCUGUGCCCACCAUCGCCCGAUUUGACCACUGAGGCCUGGACUGCUUUUUCCUAUAGGAUCAAGAAAAACAGCGGUGAUGUGAUAUAUUAGGCAACGGAUCACAUGUUUCACGCAAGAUGGCUUUGAAAUCCACACGCAGGCGGCAGUUGUAUAUUUCAGUCUUACUGACAUGCAUGUCAGUGAGUCUGUGUGCGCUCUAUCUUCAAGAAAACAGCGUGCAUGAACAAGUACAUGUCGAAGUAGUCCCCGUGACGUCACCAACUGGACAAAUUACGUCACUCCUGAACAAGUCCGAUCAUUUUGUUGUGCCGAACAUCGUUCAUUUCGUGUGGUUUGGAGAAGAUCUGAAGUUUAGAUUUCAUCAUCUUUUGAGCAUCAAAUCAGCCUACAGCAUCUUAAAACCUGAUCGGAUUUUAUUCCACUGCAAUCAUAAGCCGGUGGGAAAAUGGUGGAAAGUCAUUAAACAAACUAUUCCUAUUCUGAGGAUUGUGGACAGAAAAGCUCCAACGGAAAUCUAUGGAAAUAUGGUGAUCCGUUCGGAACAUAAAUCCGAUAUUGCUCGGAUUCAGAUUCUGCAGAAAUAUGGCGGAAUUUAUAUGGAUACUGACGUCAUUGCUUUGAAAUCGUUUAAUCCCCUUAGACAUUAUGGGAUUACGAUGGGUAUUGAGUACCACGGUACCCCAGGGAGAUUAAACAACGGUAUUAUAGUCUCGGCUCCUAAUGCGACAUUCCUUUCACUCUGGUUGAAUACUUACAGGAACUUCUCAAAGCGAGAGUGGGAUUAUCACGACUCUAUUAUCCCGUAUUAUUUGCAGUUUACGUAUCCGCAUUUAAUCCACGUGGAGGAAAAGACUCUGAACUACCCAAGUGGAUUGGAUAUAAACUUGAUAUAUAAAGACGUGUAUGACUGGUCGAGGAACUACGCCAUGCAUCUGUGGUACAGGCUCUAUGACACCGAACACGGACCCACUGGAAUUAAAACAAUGAAUACGACAUUUGGUCAGAUAGCAAGAUAUAUCUAUUAUGGUACUAGGGACAUAUUAAAAUGAACAUUCCGAAUACAUAUGAAUUAGACAUGCCAGAAACCUAUGGUCGUGGGUUCGAAUCCAAGAUUCUAGGAUUGUCAGCACCUUGCCUGCGCACGUAGGUAAACGUUUGAGGUCUGCAUCCCACCUCACGGUCAUGUGACUCAACGUCACUUAGUUUAAUGUCUGCCUGUUUUCUGUAUUAAAGAUGGCUUAGUUGUAGAGGACCAUUCAGUCAAACAAAACCCGCCUACCCAUCCACCCACACAUCCACCCAAGCACCCACCCGUCCACUCACCCACCAACUCACUUACUCACUGCCUCCGUGGUCUAGAGGUAGAGCGUCCGCCCGGAGAGCGAAAG